UGGACCUCCUUUCCCUCUGCUCCUUUUUGGUAUGUCCGUAGACGGCAGAAUUAGAGAGAUUUGUUUUGUGUGUGCGUACUGUAGUUGAUCAUUGCUAAUAUACAUUUGAGCCUAGGCCACUGACAACAUGCAGGAGACAGAAGAAACAGGGAUAACGCAGAAAACUGAGUGUAUAGAUUGGGGUGGACAGGUUUGUGGACAAACUCGUAUGACAGUCAAUAACAAAACCUGGAAGGAUACAUUAGUAAAGAAUUCCCAUGAUGGACUGCCCCUGCCAUCUUCAGACUGUGACAGAUGCUCAGUCAUAUCAGGAGAGUGUCUCUAUUACCAUUAUGGUUGUGAUGGAAAGGAUGACAGAGGUUGGGGUUGUGGAUACAGGACUGUUCAGACCAUGUCUUCAUGGUUUUGUCUUAAUCAGUCUCUCUGUGUGAGUCCCAAACACCCUCCCAGCCUUUCAGAAAUCCAACAAACUUUGGUGAAAAUAGGGGACAAGCCUGAUUCAUUUUUGGGUUCCAGGGAGUGGAUAGGCACGUUCGAGGCAAGUCUUGUUCUUGACCAGCUCUUUAAUGUUCCCUGCCGCAUUGUGCAUGUGCGGUGUGGCAAGGAGCUUGAGCAAGCUGUGGAGGACCUCCAUAAGCACUUCCUUAUGUACGGGUCACCUGUAAUGAUGGGAGGAGACAGGGAUAACUCUUCUAAGGGUGUCUUAGGUGUGUGCACAGGAAUACGGGGGAGCUAUCUGCUUGUGAUGGAUCCACACUACUUCGGCUGUCCUUUAGAUAAAAACUCUGUGCAAAAGCAGGGCUGGGUUUCAUGGAAAGCAGUUGGUUCUCUGGAUCAGUGCUCUUUCUACAAUCUUUGUCUGCCUCUUACUGCAAAGAAGUGAUAGUGUUUUCUGAAUUUCUCCAUGGGGAUAAAUAAUGUGUAUGCCGAUUAGUUUUUCUGUCAGUUUCAUUCUACCAAAUAUGAAUGUUAUGUAUGGUGUAGAAAAAUAAUAAUUUCUCCAUGGGGAUAAAUAAAGUAGGGCUAUAGAGUAUGUCUAUUUGUUGUCUUUUUCUUCCCACCAAACAUUAAUAAAAUGGUAUAGACUUCCAUGCACAUCGUCUCCCU